CACACACGCUCGAGAAUGACUUAAAAAAUUCACGCUCGAGUUGUCACGUUUGCGAAAGAUUAAUUUUAAAAAUUAUUUCCGCCCAUCAUAGUUGAUACAUAAGGUGCUCCAAUAUGAAUGUCCGUGUAGCUAAGCCCGAAGACUUGAUGAAUAUGCAGCACUGCAAUCUUCUUUGUCUACCUGAAAACUACCAAAUGAAAUACUACUUCUACCACGGUCUUUCCUGGCCUCAGCUGUCGUAUGUAGCAGAAGAUGAGAACAAAACAGUUGUUGGAUACGUUCUAGCAAAAAUGGAGGAAGAUCCAGACGAUGUUCCCCAUGGCCAUAUUACAUCACUGGCUGUGAAGCGAUCGCAUCGUCGUCUUGGCCUUGCUCAGAAACUCAUGGAUCAAGCUUCCAGAGCGAUGGUGGAGAACUUCAAAGCAAAAUAUGUAUCGUUGCAUGUUAGAAAGAGUAAUCGUGCAGCCUUACAUCUUUAUAAAGUUACCCUGAAAUUUGAAAUCAGCGAAAUUGAACCAAAGUACUAUGCUGACGGGGAAGAUGCCUAUGCAAUGCGCAGAGACUUAACUUAUUUUCUUGAUGAGGUAAAAGGUGGCAGAUGGGAGAAAUCAGUACGUGCAAUAGAAGGAAAGAACUGCACCGGAUUGAAAGCAAUUGAAGCCCCUCCUGAGAAAACAGAAGGCAAAGAUAAGGAGAAUGCCAAACCUCACGACCAUGAAGUUACAAAGAAUCCAGAAGUUACGGAUAGUAAAGUAAGCGGGAAGAAAAAACGAAGAAGUAAAGAUAAAUCUGGAGAUGCAUCAUCAGGAAGAGAUAAAUGAAAAAACGGAUUGAAAAACUGAUUAAAAAAAAAUAUUCCAGCGUUUAUUGGUUGUUUCAGUCCAUGAUUAAUAAUCGAAUGUUCCACAUUGCCUACAGUAUUGUUUUGAAGUCAUGAAUUUUUGGUGGAAUCUUACUAGAUUCACCUGAUACAAGCCAUCCACGAAGUGGAGGAAAUUAGCACCAAUCAUACAACGGUUGAAUUCACUACUUCACUGAAAUAAAACUAUCUCGGUGUAUAAAUUGUUUUACUAUAUCUCGUAAAUAUUAUUAGACGUGUACAAUUUGUAUAUUGUACACAUAGCUGUGGAUGUGGUAGUCAAUGUGAUAGUACUUUUUUCCCCACAUCUUUCUAAAUUUGACACGCACAGGGAAGUAGUCUAAACUUUCGCAGGAGUGGAAUUGACAAAUGAAAUUUUGUUAUUACCCAAUUAAUAUUUAUAAAAUAUAGUAAAAUUUAAAAUUAAAUUCAAUCAAAUAUAAUUAAAUUUCCUAAUUUUAACUUACAAGUAGAGAUACGCUGUAUUCGACUGGUCGUUCUUUGUUAAACCACACCUGUCUGCGCGGUGGUACUUAAGGAAGACGACCAAAUGAACAGAAAACUGGUAAAAAUGGCUGCAAAGUUACAGCGAUACACGCUAGCAUAAUCAAGGUUGUUUCAGCUUGUGGCAGUAAAAAAAUAUUUUUAUGCAGUUUUUGAAUCGUGUUAGCCUACAAAGCAGUCGAAUACGGCCAUAGAGAGUAACUCGCACCGGUUUACCAGGUAGCUCAGACACAAAGUAACCCUUAGAAGAAAAGGAAGUUACUGCACGAGCUAGUCCAAGCUUGUGGUGCUUUGAAACUUUGGUAUGAAGCAAUACAGUUGAGCUUGCCUAAGUCAAGUCCAAAAUGCCAUUAAAAAAUUGUUCAACUUAGAUAAAAUUUUGACUUACAGAUUGUUAAUAAUGGAAAACACAAAAAUUGGCAUGUAAAAUAAGUUCGAUUUAGAAAUUAUUUGAGUUAGGCAAAGUUGGCUUAGGUGACAGUUUAACUGUAUAUAAAUCUUAUACAGUAUUACAUUACAUGCAUUAUGUACAUCAAAUCUAUUUAUUCUUUUAAGAUCUGCUACAAUAUCAAGUGUCAUUGCAUAUAAUAGCUGUAAUUUGCCUAUAUAUAGGCAUGAUGUCAUAUCAAACCCAUGAGCAAAUAAGUUAUCUUGAUAGGGUGGAUGGAGAAAAGUCAGGAUCAGGAGGAAAACAAUUUUUUUGAUAUGUUGUACAUCUGAUUUUUCUUAAACACAACAAGCAUAUUUGAUGAAAGAUGCGGGAACACGGUUAAUGAGUGAGAUACAGAUUUUUUAAUAUUUAAAAACUGGUAGAAAAAAAGGGUGGUUACACCACUUUUACCCCCAGUUUUUAAACAUUCCAAAAUCCGUAUCUCAUUAACCGUUGCUGAGUCUUUCAUGAAAUAUGCUUUUUGUCUUAAGAAAUAUGAGUUGUACAACAUAUCAAAAAAUUUACUUUAAACAGAAGAUAUUGGAAUGGUAAUACUUUAAUACAGUAAAUAUUUACAAGAAUAUGAAACAUUCAAUAAACAUCUGCUUUUCAAAA